GAGUUUGUUAUGUGUAUGUACUUUAUGAUAUAAAAGCGAUGGAAAUUAAAUGAUAACUAACCAUUUCCAUUCUUUACCUUUGACCUUUUGCGACCACGUGAUCUACAAAACAGUGAUGACCUCUCUCCUGCUUGCUAGCUGUAGCUAACUCCUGCUAACACUUCACACAAUGGACCAGUCUAAACAAGAGAAGGAAUAUGGAUAUGAGUUAUUCCCGGAGAGAAACACGGGGCCUAAGAAAGAGAAAUCAUUCGUAAAGUCCCUGUUCACUUCCCAAUUCAAGUGUGAGAUAAUGUUGAAGCUCGCAAUGGAAACCAGUCCGUACGCCAAACUGCUCCUCAGUGCCAUGAACAGCUCGGGAUGCAAGGUUAUCAGAGACCGGCAUUUUGCCUGUGAAGAUUGUGAUGGGUCGGUGAGCGGGGGCUUUGACGUGGCGUCUUCUCAGAUCGUUUUGUGUCAGAACAACAUCCAACAGCAGUCCCACAUGAACAGGGUGGUCACACACGAGCUCAUCCAUGCCUUCGACCACUGCCGGGCCCACGUGGACUGGUUCAACAACCUGAGGCACCUGGCCUGCUCUGAGAUCCGGGCGGCUAACCUGAGUGGAGACUGCUCCUUCAGCUCAGAAGUGUCCAGAUUUAACUUCGGCAUGAAGCAGCACCAUCAGGAGUGUGUCAGAGACCGCGCCCUUCGCUCCAUCCUCGCUGUGAGGAAGAUCAGCGCGGAGGAGGCGCAGAAAAUAGUGGACGAAGUGUUCGACUCGUGUUCCAACGACCACGCUCCGUUCGGAAGAAUCCCGCACGGCUCCAAGGAUGCAGAGUUCGCCUACAGAGAUCAUGAGAGCAGAGAUCGAUAUAAUGCAAACCUUUAGUGUGCUCACGCUCUCUAGGACACUGAGGAAAGUUUGGCAGCAUCCAGUUCCUGCUCAGCAUCGAGGGGCAGCGUGUCGGACACCAUCUAAUCCCCUCACCAGGGAUUUUCUCUAAGUGAUGCGUCCUUGGAACAGAAGAGCAAAGGAAGUAGUUUCAGUACAUUUCAUAAUCUACCUUCAUUUUGUUAAACUAAUCCUCUACAAAGGGAUUUGAAGGAGGGCUUUUGCUCUGGAAGUGAAUUAUAACAGAAGGCCUCAGUGAUGUAUACGUCAUUUGUUUUGUAUUGAUCAAUAGAUGCUUUUAAGGAAAUACAGGAUGAAUGUUUCGUCCAUGGAUGUUUGCUGGAACCACCUUGAGGUUGGAGGAUGUAUUCCACUGUUUGCUCCUCAUCUUUUUGCCACAUUGACAUCCACUCAUUUCCUGUAAACAUUGUGAUUAAAUGAAACCAAAUCAACCUGA